AUGGAGGAACUUGGUAUCCUAACGCCUCAAUCGGCUGGCACGGAUGAUUCUAAUGUGAAGAAUAAUGUGUUCACAUAUGGGUCAUUGCUUUCUCAAUUGAAUAAAGAUUCAUUCUCUGUGGCGAAUGAUAGUUCGGAUGUAUAUUUGAAGUUAAAGAAGCUGGAAAAGGAGUAUGAAUUGUUGAAAUUGCAGGAGGAAUAUAUCAAGGAUGAGCAGCGUCAUCUCAAGAGGGAAUUGUUGAGGGCACAAGAAGAAGUCAAGAGAAUUCAAUCUGUUCCUCUUGUCAUUGGUCAAUUCUUGGAACCGAUCGAUCAAAACACAGGUAUCGUUUCUUCAACAACAGGUAUGAGUUAUGUUGUAAGGAUUCUAUCAACAUUGGAUAGAGAGCUUUUAAAGCCGUCGACUUCUGUUGCCUUACAUCGUCACUCCAAUGCAUUAGUAGAUAUUUUACCUCCAGAUUCAGAUUCAAGCAUAUCCAUUAUGGGCUCCAAUGAAAAACCAGAUGUUACCUACGCCGAUGUGGGUGGUUUAGAUAUGCAAAAGCAAGAGAUCAGAGAAGCCGUUGAAUUACCUUUGGUGCAAGCGGAUUUGUACCAACAAAUUGGUAUUGAUCCACCUAGAGGUGUUCUAUUAUAUGGUCCUCCAGGUACUGGUAAGACCAUGUUGGUGAAAGCUGUCGCUAAUGCUACUGAGGCAUCGUUUAUUAGAGUAAAUGGUUCAGAGUUUGUGCAUAAAUACUUAGGUGAAGGUCCAAGAAUGGUGAGAGAUGUCUUCCGCUUGGCCAGGGAAAAUGCACCAUCCAUUAUUUUCAUCGAUGAAGUUGACUCCAUAGCAACAAAACGUUUUGACGCUCAGACAGGGUCUGACCGUGAAGUUCAACGUAUUUUGAUUGAAUUGUUGACACAGAUGGAUGGUUUCGACCAAUCUACAAACGUGAAAGUUAUAAUGGCAACUAAUCGUGCUGAUACUCUAGAUCCUGCCUUGUUGAGACCAGGUAGAUUGGACAGAAAAAUCGAAUUCCCAUCCUUACGUGACAGACGUGAACGUCGUUUAAUCUUUGGUACUAUUGCCGCGAAAAUGUCCUUGGCCCCAGAGGCUGAUUUGGACUCCCUAAUUAUUAGAAAUGAUCCAUUGUCUGGUGCAUUAAUUGCAGCAAUCAUGCAAGAAGCUGGUUUAAGGGCGGUUAGAAAAAAUAGAUACGUUAUCUUACAGAGUGAUUUGGAAGAAGCUUAUGCAUCUCAAGUCAAGUCUGGUAGCGACGUCGACAAAUUUGACUUCUAUAAAUAA